ACAAACAGAAACAAAUGGGAAUCAUAAUCGAUAUUGCGGUUCCACUUACGCAUAAUCUCAAGUCCGUGAAAACUGAGAAAUGCUCCAAAUAUCAAGACCUCAAAAUAGAAUUAGCACGGAUGUGGAAGUUAAAAGAAGUAAUGAUUAUCCCCAUCAUCAUAUCAGUGGAAGGGGUGGCCACGAACGCCUUGUCGGAGAAUUUGGAAGUCUUGACCUUCCAAAGGGUACAUGUAUACAACUGA